AGGGCCCCUCCCGGGAGGGGGAAGCGAGAAGGGUGGCGUCUCCAAGAGAUUUAACCUCCUACCCUCGGUUCCACACGCCACCCCCUCCCUCCAAAGACUGGGACAGCGCCUCCAUUUUUGUUUUGGGGCGGAAGGGCAGGGGCUCUUGCAUGGAAGGGGGUCAGAGGAAACGGUGAUUAUCACCUGUACGGGAGAAGCGGGUGCUGUCCUCCUUCCUACCCUUUCUCUCGGUCUGCACCCCCUCUGCAAACUCCCCCCCCACCUUCUCGGGGUCUCCCCCCCCUUGUUGCUAGGGCCCAGACCGUCAUCCCAGCAACAGCCUCAGUCAUGUGACCGGCAAUGGCGGCGCUGACGAGAGACCUGGUCAGCUGAGUGUGGAAAAAGAGGGAUUUCUGCUGCUUUCAUCGUCCAUGGGCUUUCCAGGUCACACAACCUACAAGUAGGGAGCAGGGACAGAGAGAGAGAGCCUGCAUGCCAAUUCUAAGCUCUUCAGGAUCAAAUGUCGUUCGUCCUGUCCAGAAUGGCAGCCUGUGGAGGCACCUGCAAGAACAAGGUGACUGUCUCUAAGCCUGUGUGGGACUUCCUGAGCAAGGAGACCCCAGCCCGGCUGGCCCGGCUUCGGGAGGAGCACCGUGUGUCCAUCCUCAUAGACGGCGAGACUUCUGACAUCUAUGUCCUCCAGCUUUCCCCGCAGGGCCCUCCCCCUGCUCCUCCUAAUGGGCUCUACCUGGCCCGGAAGGCUCUCAAGGGGCUGCUGAAAGAGGCCGAGAAAGAGCUGAAGAAAGCUCAGAGGCAGGGAGAGCUUAUGGGCUGCCUAGCUUUGGGGGGUGGUGGGGAACACCCUGAGCUGCACCGCCCAGGGCCUCCCCCUCCCCCUCUGCGAGCAGCCCCGCUCCUGCCCCCAGGGGCUCGGGGGCUUCCCCCGCCUCCUCCUCCCCUACCCCCUCCUCUUCCUCCCCGCCUUCGGGAGGAGACAGAAGAGCAGGAGAGCACCUGCCCCAUCUGUCUGGGGGAGAUUCAGAAUGCCAAGACAUUGGAGAAGUGCCGGCACUCUUUCUGUGAGGGCUGCAUCACCCGAGCCCUGCAGGUGAAAAAGGCCUGUCCCAUGUGUGGCCGCUUCUAUGGGCAGCUGGUGGGCAACCAGCCCCAGAAUGGGCGGAUGCUGGUCUCUAAGGACGCCACACUCCUGCUGCCAAGCUAUGAGAAGUACGGCACCAUCGUCAUCCAGUACGUCUUCCCGCCCGGUGUCCAGGGGGCUGAACACCCGAACCCAGGAGUUCGGUAUCCUGGCACCACACGGGUGGCCUACCUCCCGGACUGCCCUGAGGGCAACAAGGUGCUGACCCUGUUCCGCAAGGCAUUUGACCAGCGUCUCACCUUCACUAUUGGCACGUCCAUGACCACAGGGAGACCGAAUGUCAUCACCUGGAACGACAUCCACCACAAGACCAGCUGCACAGGGGGACCCCAGCUGUUUGGGUACCCGGACCCCACGUACCUGACCCGGGUGCAAGAAGAGCUGAGAGCCAAGGGUAUCACAGAUGACUGAAGGACGUCCCCUUUGCCAGGCCCUUGCCUUUCUCCAUAGGACCCAGCGGAAGCCUCUGUUCUCCUCUCUCCCUCUGCCCCCCACACCACACAAAUAGGGGACCAGUCUGACUGGGGAAGGAGUUCAGAGAGGGAGGGGGCAAUCCCUUCCCCUGUCCCCCACAGGCCAAGUGCUUCAGUGCAGUGCGAGAGCCACUCCCUUCUGGCAAAAGGCUCUGCUCCCCUCCUCCCUGUGUACAUACUCCCGAUCUCCCUACCCCCUCCAUUGCCCUUGGCUUUUUCUGGUAUGUGCUGUGCUCCAGUGACUAAGCUGAGAAAGGACCUGGGUGGGGAGGGAGGGUCUCUUGAGCCCCCUGCCCCCACAAACUUCUCCACUGCUGAACUUAGGUGUGGGGGAGGGGGAAUGGGGCUGGUGUGAGCCCGCAAGGAGCCGGCCUUGUGUGUUCUUCAGAAAUAAUCCCCCUUCUACCUUAACCUUGUCUUUUCUCUCCUGUGUCUCCGUCUCUGUCAGUCUGUCUCCCGCUCUUCUCUGCCCCCUAUAAGGAGCCUCUUUACCCUGUUCUGGAAUCGCCGCCAGACUGUAGCUUUUAAUUUAAUAAAAAUAAAGUAAAAUAUGCAACUCUC